AUGGCAAGCAAGGUGAGAUCUCUUUUAACUCCGUUUUAUAAGUUAGCUCACCCUGAUGUCCUCACAAAAGCUCCAGAAAACAUAAAAUCAACCAACACAAAUGCAUGCACGGUACUUAACAGCUAUUUGGAUUCCAUCACACAAGGCCAAAAUGCCUCUCUAAGCAAUCUUAUUUUUUAUGUCCCUUCCAUAGAAGGUGAUAAAUAUCAUCAAGUUAGAGUAACUUUGCUUCCUUUCAACCAAACUAAAGGUGUAAAUGUGAGAGAAUUGCAUUUGGAAAGCACAGCUAAUAAUAUUUUGCAGGCUAUUGAGAGACCUAAAGAAGUAAAAUAUGUUGACGAAAUUAACCCCAAAACCUUAAGAAGGCCACGAGCUAGAGUAAUUUUUAUUCAGAACGAAAUUGCAUAUGAUAUGCAUCAGCAAAUUCGGACCAUUUACAGAGAAUUGGAAAUAAAAGAAAGGCGACAUCGAGUUUUAGAGUAAAAUUAAUGCAGAGAAGCAUCUUUUUCUAUUGAAAGAGAGCUCAAUAAAUAUCAUCCAACAGCUCUAGGCUUUGAAUCAAGAAGAAGCAACAUAUUAAUUAGGCAGGCUGUUGAAGCUGCUACAAGCCAUACAUAUGAUAGGAAUUUUGAAAGGAUUGGAUUAUCCCUUGAUAAUUUAUUUAUAGACGAAGAUUUGUCAACUGAGCAAGUCCGAGCUGCAUUUUGGACCUUAAAAGGUGAAAAUACAGACACGAACAGCUUUAAUGACUUAAAGCAAACACAUAUUUUAAUGCAAAAAAAUGAGUAUCCUUUAUUAAUAUCAACCAGGUACUCUGCGAAAAAUGUUCCUGGGUAUAUGCAAGUUCCUUUUAACUUUGUCCCGGCAGAACUUAACAGAUUUUAUAAUGAGAACUGUGAAGAAGCAGGCAAAAGACUUAAUGAUGUAAGUAUUAAUGCAGUUUGGACAAUUUGCAGAUAUAGCUUUUUAAGCAUAUUUGCUUUAAAAGCUCUGAGAAUUGAAUUAGAGGACGAAGCCUAUUUCGAUGGCAUACAUAUAAAAGCGAAGUAAGUGCAUUAAUUAACUCAGACUAUUAAAUUUUAAUUUUUCCAAAACAAUUGAUAGAAUGUGUAUUCACUUAUUAAAUGUUUAAUUUUCUGCUUUCGUGUUCAAUGCUCUGCUUUUAUUAGAGUACUUACUUGGAGUAAAAAAAUAAAAAUCGCAAGAGGUAACUCGCCGAUAAGGCAAUUGGAAGUUUUUGAUGUAGCUAAGCUCUAAAAGGUGUACCAUUAAAAAUCUCCACCAUAAUCUUGACUUAUAAAGAUAGAGUUCAUUAUGGAGAAGCAGCAUAUCUUAGUGAAAAAAAAAAUGCAAGAGAGAUUCACUGAUAAAGCGAAUGAUUGUUCUGUAUGUGGCAGUAUCUCAAUAGAUGUGCCUUAAAAAUCUCCAGUAUAAUUUUGACUUAUUUCAUAGUUUUGGAAUGAAGAUAAAGCUUAAUAUCACAAAAAAUGCUUUAAAAAUUAAGUUUUUUUAAUAAAAUCUAAUAAAAUAGUACCAACAUUAUUUUUUUUGUUCAUUUUAGCUUGACAAAUCAAAAUCUUUAAGUUCAUCAAAAUAUUAAAAAUGAAGCCAAGAUCAAAUUCAAAUACACUAAGCCAAUCAGAUCCUAUUUGAAUUUUCAAAAGUCUAAUGCUUAUAGUCUUCACCUAAAAAACUCUAAUAAAAUAAGGCAUUGAGUAUGAGCAAAGAGCAUAGAAACUUUAUAAGAAUACGCUACGCUGCUUAGUAUUUUAAAAAAGAUUUAAUUUUAAUACGCUCUCCAAUUGAGGACUUUAUUGCUUUUCACUUUGCUUUAAUUACAGAAACUUAUAUUAUGGAUAUAGAUCUUGCUCUCUAUGCUAAAUCCGAUUACAUUCAAAGCAAGUGUUCAUAAACGCUAUAGAGUUCAUGAUCUGCUGAGAAAUAUUAGCAGGGAUUUUGCACCAAUAACGAUAGGGAGAUAUAUGUGGAGAAAUCAGGAGGAGUAUGAAGAGAUGACUUACGAAGACGCAUUUUUGGGAUUGAAAAAUUUAGAAAGGAUAAUAAGGCAAAAUAAACUGAAUUACACAAAAAAGGCAGCUCUUGUGAUGGGCAAUGCUUUCAAGGAAAGAGAAGAUGUGAUUGAAAUUUCAUCAAUGUUUAGAGAUAGAGAUAUUGUGGAGUUUUUUACAAGCCUUUCUUAA